AGAUUAAGAGAUAAAUUGCUAGCUACGCGGUAGGCUUUAAAGCAGCUCGGAGACGCUAUACAACCAGUUUGGCUUCAGCUGCAGAUCAAGCAACACAGCGAAAAAGAUAAAAUGCAGCAAAUAGCGUUUGCUGCUUUUGUGGCCCUCUCAAUUGCAGGGGUGGUCUCUGGGCUCGACAAUGGCCUUUCCCUCACACCUCCAAUGGGCUGGUUGGCCUGGGAGAGGUUCAGGUGCAUUACAAACUGCACCUUGUACCCUGACGACUGCAUCAGUGACAAGUUGUUCCGCACAAUGGCCGAUUUGCUGGUCUCCCAGGGCUAUGCUGCAGUUGGUUACGAUUACAUCAACAUUGAUGAUUGUUGGCUAUCUAAGGAGCGGGACGCCAAUGGUCGUCUCCAAGCGGAUCCGGAGCGCUUCCCUUACGGCAUCAAAGACCUCGCAGCUUACGUCCACUCCAAAGGAUUGAAGUUCGGGAUUUACGAAGAUUUUGGUAAUUUCACUUGCGCCGGCUACCCUGGAGUCAUUGAUAACUUAAAAUUGGACGCCGAGACUUUUGCAUCUUGGGACGUGGACUAUGUCAAACUGGACGGCUGCUACGCUGAACUUGUGGACAUGGAAACUGGCUACCCCGAGUUUGGAUUCCACAUGAAUCAAACUGGUCGACCUAUGGUUUACUCGUGCAGUUGGCCAGCUUAUCAAACUGAGAAGGGAAUUGAUCCCAACUACACAGUACUUGCGCAGCACUGCAACCUGUGGCGGAACUACGACGACAUCCAAGACUCGUACGCUAGCCUGCGUCACAUCCUCGACUACUUUGGUCAAAAGCAGGACGAUAUGGGCCCCUUUGCCGGCCCUGGCCACUGGAAUGACCCCGACAUGCUGCUUAUUGGAAACUAUGGUCUCAGUUUGGACCAGAGCAAGUUACAAAUGGCCCUCUGGGCUAUUCUAGCCGCCCCUCUCUUCAUGUCCACUGACCUCCGCACAAUCCGCCCGGAGCACAAGGAGAUUUUGCAGAACACCCGAAUCAUUGCCAUUGACCAGGACCCUCUUGGCAUUCAGGGCCGAAUUGUUUACAAUGUGAGCAAAAUAGAAAUUUGGACUAGGAAGAUCACACCAGUUGAGGGAGAUCAAUAUUCUUUCGCGAUUGCCGUUGCUAGUCGCAGAGAUGACGGCUACCCUUACAGGAUUCAGGUUCCUUUGAAAGACAUUGGCCUGACAAACCCUGCCGGUUACAUGGUUCAGGACUUGUAUGGAGAUGAAACCGAAACUCUAUUGGUGCCCGAAUCGCUGAUUGACGUCAGAGUGAAUCCAUCAGGUACUGUUUUCUGGAGAGCUAAUAUCGUUGUCUCCACUCCAAGUGUGACUAAAAUAAAGUAAGACGUAUUUACGGUUGAAAGGCAAAUUACAGAAGGCAGGUUAGAGCUUCAGAUUUUUUUAUUAUGCUAAAAGCAAGCACAUGAAUUUGAAACAAUUAAAUUUGCAUUAUAAAAAAUUGAAAAAAUUUCGUUUAAUUAAAAUGUACCCUGAAAUUAAGGUUGCAAUCCAUUGGAAGACAACAUAUUUAAUAACAGGCAAACUUGAUUUCCACAGCAGGGAAAAGGCUCCAGUGGAAUGGUCUACCAGAGCGGCAAAAACUGUGGCUUGAGUUUAAUCGUAUCGUUUGUAAAACAUUAUUCAACUGCAAAUAUUUAUCUCGUCACAAUAGCUAUUAAGAGUUUCCAAAAAAUUUAAAAAUUGCUUUGAUAUAUUUAUAAAAAAAAAAAAAAAAAUUAAA